AUGGCCGACGAACUGCACGACGGAACCGGCAAGUCCGCGCGGCAAUUCGCGCACGCCAUAAGCCAAAUGGCCGUGACGAACAUCUUAGCGAAAGGCGCUGGCUUUGAGUAUGUCCAGCCGAGUGCUACGACUGCAUUGGUAGACAUCAUGGCCGCGUAUAUCCAAAAAAUUGGGAAGGCCGCGCAGGAGCUGGCCGAAGUCGCUGGUCGUGCAAAGCCACGGGGCACAGACGUGUCGUUGGCAUUGAAGGACAUGGUUCCGUACCCUGUUGGGUUGGACGAUAUGAUCAAGGCCUUCCAGGAGUCCCAACAUCGAUACGAAGGGAAGCUCGCGUUUCCUCGAGAGGUUCCCAAGUUUCCCGCGCCGUCCAAGAAGCGCAAGUCUGACGAUUCCUUUGAAGAGAUUGGUCAACGGGACUCGGACAAGCCUGCGUACGCUCCAUCAUUCGCACCGCCCCUGCCGUUCAAACAUUCGUACUCGCAGCAGAGCCAUGUCGUCGUGUCCAAGGAGCUCGACCCGAAGCGGAUACGCCUCGAUCUCCUGCAUCAAAAGAGCGAAGUGCAAACGUCGCUCCACAACUUGGCUGAGGGCCAAGGCAACGUCGUUGCAGCACCUACUGUGUUCGUUGAGCCUGUGUGGAAGCCCCAUGUAAACCGGUCCGACUUGCCCAACCCAUAUUUGGCCCCUCCCCGCGUCGAGUCGGCGGCCUCCGUGGACCCGCUGUACGUUGCACCGACGCCAUCGUACCGCCCUGUGGUGGCCAAACCCACGAAACGAACGAUCGAAGUCAUGUCUGCGAACGACAACCUCUCGAACGACAACUCGAGUGCCAACAACCAAAAAGUGAAAGAAGACAAGAUCUUGGCUGGCACGUAUCACGAAGGGGACUCGGACUGA